AUGAACUUUACUCCUUAUCCAGAAGCACCAGAGCAGUGCAUCAGGAUGGUCGUAUUUGGAAAAACUGGAUCUGUGAAGAGCGCAGCAGGAAACACCAUUUUGGGAAAGAAAUGCUUCAAAUCUAUCGCCUACCCCUCCUCAGUAAAUUUAACGUGUCAAAAGGAAACAGCUGAGUUUGAGGGUCAGUUUCUGUCUGUAGUUGAUACUCCAGGUCUGUGUUAUACGGAAAAGGAUCAGAAGGAUAUCAUCAAUGAGAUUAGAAGAUGCAUGAUUCUCUGCGCUCCUGGUCCUCAUGUCUUUCUAGUUGUGAUCCAGCCAGGCAGAUUCACAGAACAAGAACAAAAAACAUUAAAACUCAUCCAGUCGAUUUUUGGAGAGAAGGCAGCAAGUUAUACCAUGGUGCUGUUCACUCAUGGAGAUGAUCUAGCGGAGGACGGGGUUGAUAUCACUGAUUUUAUAAAGGAAAAUCAAUCUCUGCAGAAAUUCAUCUCUCAGUGUGGUGGAGUGUAUCAUCUGUUCAACAACCGAUCCAAGGAUCCGUCCCAAGUUAGAGAGCUGCUUAUGAAAGUUAGCUGGAUGGUUCAGCGAAAUGGAGGAAACUACUUCACCAACGAGACGCUUCAAAAAGCUCAGAGAGUCAAAGUAGAAGCUGUUCUGACCAUCCUAACCCAAAACCCAGCAAUAGAUGUUAGAGAGGCGAUCAGAAAAGCAGAAAAGGAAUCUAAAUUGGAUGUCUUUGAAAGUUCUAUGGAAACCACUGUAGCUGUUCUUGGGGCCGUAUUAGUUCGUGGUUUCGGCAUGCGAGACAUUGGGGUUCUGCUGCACAAAGUUGUGAUCCAGUCUGGGCUGUGGUCUGGUGACGCUGUGGUUGGGGUGCGCCCUAGUUUUCAAAUAGCGGGCAUCUCCAUGAUCAUGGGCAACGACUUGGCUGGGGGUCGAGUGCUGGUUACUGCAGAUGUUACACCUGUCCCGUUACACCUGUCCCGGCGCACCUGUCCUGAUGAACUUGCUCGUACAUUCCCUGAUGUGUUUACGUCCUGCGCAGUCACGCGUGCGGCAUUUAAACGUCAACAAGGGGAAAAUGAGAAUGAUAGUGAUUUGAGUGACACUUUUCUGGGCAACACUGAAUCUGAGCAAAUCCCAUUAAAGAGUGUGGAGGAGGAGUUCCGGUUGAGACUUGCGAUGGGCUAG